CUAUAUAUAUAUAGCCGAGACGUCUGUCUGCUUAAUAGGCUGCUUCUCUCUGAACGUCUGGAGGAGGACAACACAGAUUUUUUGGCAGGAAAAAAAAGAACUGCAAUAUGAAACUGUACCUGGCUGUUGCCACCUUGAUGCUUGUGCUGAUUGCACAAUCUGAGGCUGUAGAGGAACCCACAAUUGAGGAGCACUUUGCCAAUAUCCAGGCAAAAUUCCAGGAGUUUGGAACAAGCCUGUCCGAGAAGACCUCGACCGUCCUGAAGAAGCUUGAGGAUAGCGAAGUUCUCACCAAGACUAAGAAUUGGUUUGUAGAUAGCUUUGAAAAGGUGAAGAACAAGUUGGAUGAAGCCUUUAGCUAAGCUUGAGUAAAACCUUGUAUUCCCUGCCAACAUGACAUCUGAACCUCCAUGCCUUGUCGUGCUUGAAAUACACAGGCUUUUGUAACCUCUACAAUGUGGUGAUCCACUAAGUGAUGAUCUGUGCAAUAUCCUGUCAUUAUUAUAAGCAAAUAAGAAUUCCCUCAAUUUCUGAAAAUGUUCUAAUAAAACCUGGAACAUAUCCAAACAAUAAAAAAACUAAACCAUC